AUGGUUGAGAUAUUUGAUCCUAGCAAGGGCAGAUUCAUUGUACAAGACUUGGUUGGCGAAGUGUCUCUCGGUGCCGUGGAUGUUGAGUGCAUCUUGGCCUUGGAGAACCACGGACUGUCGGCAGAAGGUAUUCUCGGUGAGGAAGGUGAGGAUGUUAAAGAUCGAGUGCCGCCUCAAUUCCUGAGCAAGACCACAGGUAACAUAGUCAUCGAUGAUCUGAUUGUGGACAUCACAAAAAAUAAAUCUGCCGACGACGAUUUCCUUCGGAGAGUUGUCCUCGUGUUGCUUGGAACAGUUCUUGCUCCCAUGUCGAGCAAGACUGUACCAAAGCAAUAUUACGCAUUGGUGAACGAUGUGAAGCGUAUAUCCAAGAUUAAUUGGAAUGCAUUCACCCUCCGGGUUCUGCUGGACUGCCUUCGCAACGUGAGGAAAGGCAAACACCUCCGCCAAUGGCUGAGAGGGAACUUAGCUCUCCUGCAGUACCUGUACUGGGAGAAGGUUCAGCCUCUGGAAGGUGAAUGCGCAUUCAAUCCUAACUUGUCCAUGGAACCUCUAAUGAGGAAUUGGACUGAAGCUGCAGCCUCAAGGAGAGACAAGUUUGAUUAUGACCAAGGCCGUGGCCGUGGUAACAUCAAGAUUGAAGACAACAUAACCAAGGAGUAUAGGGCGCAGGAGCGGAAAGUACCCGAACCAGAAAAGCCAAAAAUGAAGCCCGCCGUUGGUGCGGCAAAGAAGUCCAAGUUAGCCUCAAACGCGGACGAGAUGAUGAACCUCAUCAUGAAGCGGUGUAUGGAUUACAUACGCAGCCAAAUGAAGGAAAUACCAGAACAAGUAGCCGAGAGAUUGUUAGAGAAGUUGAACCAAAAUGGUGUGAUGUACAAGCCAGCGGCUGCUGCGGCUUCCGGCAACAACGAUGCCGACCUAGAAGUGGAUUCCUUUGAGAAUGGUCCGCCAGAAAAAAAAGAAUUCGUGUACAAGGAUGACUCUGACGGUCUAGAGCCGGUGAUUGAUUUGACACAGCCUGACGAGCCUGUUGUAAACCAGAACAACGAUGAUGAGGAAAAAACACCUACCAAGUUAAAGUUGACAAGACAACGAAGCCUACUGAUGAGUGCGGCGCAACACCGGAGAACCCUUGGAUUGAUGGUGGGUAAGAGCAAGGGGAAAAAGUCUGCAGCAACCGCAAAAGAAGACGAUGUUAUAUCCGGGAAGCGCCGACGGACUGUUCCCAAGAAAUUUGAAUCCCCCUUUAAACUUGACAAGCCCGGCAAGCGAAGCGCUCGCGCUCUGUUUAGUGACAAUGACAUGGAAGGCUCUGUUAAGGACGAUUUGACACCGGAACUCAUCGAUGCUGCUGUUGCGUUUGUGGAGGCAGCUGCUCGGUCUGAGAAGAAUAUGACAAAAAGAGUUUACUACAAUGAAUGUGGCACCUCUAUGACUGUGGAGAGUAUACGACCGAUUACCGAUGCUUAUCAGACACAUUUGGCUCUGCGCGUUGGUCAUGAUCGGCACCUCUGUCCAGCCUGGAGGUCCAAAUACCUUGUUGAUCGUGCUAAGGCACGAGACAACCCUAAACCGUCGAAAUACAACAUGGAUAGUGCGCUAAGCAGAGCUGGAGCAGUACGUAGGGUUCUGGAUGAGUAUACCGUCCGUGAUAAGUCGUUUAUCCCGUUGAACGUCGGCAAUACACACUGGAUCACCAUGGUGAUGCACAACCGCAAGAAAGAAUUCCGAGUUUUUGAUUCGCUCUAUCCUCUCGAGUUCUCUCUCGACACUGUGAAAGCACUGCGACUAGCAAUAGCAAUUGAUAUGGAAGAGGCAAACCGUAUUACACCUGGCAAAUAUCCAGACGUCACUAAGUGGCCUAUCAUACCUCAGAUCGACAUGCCACCACAAGAGGACGGGAACUCUUGUGGCCUUUUUGUGAUUGAAGUUAUGGAGCAUUGGGACGGGGAUCGAUGGACCGCCGAUUUUACCCAGGGCACGGUUAAUGCAAGGAGAAGGCGUCUCAUCGCCGAGUUGGUUCUCUCACCUACCAACACGCUCGAAUGUGUGAAGAACAAAAUCCGCGACAUCGCAAAGAAAAGCAAGGCGUGA